CCGAAAUGACAAAUUUCCAGUGUAACAUCAAAUUCAACUAAAAACUCCCUAAAAAAUGAUCCUGACAAAUACCAACACAUGUUUUCUCAAACCCAAAUCCAUAACUCUUCUUCAUAAUCAUCAAUCCCUUAUUAUUAAAAAAUCAUCCCCAAAAUUCACAGUAUUUGCCACGUCACCACCUAUUUCCAUGGCUACCUCUUCCACGUCAGCAACAGUUCCAAACCCAUCUCUUACACUCUUGUUUGUUGAAAUGGGUGUUGGCUAUGAUCAACAUGGGCAAGAUGUCACAAAAGCAGCAAUGAAAGCUUGUAGGGACGCCAUUUCUUCUAAUUCAAUCCCUGCUUUUCGGAGAGGGUCAAUACCUGGCAUUUCGUUUGACCAGAUGAAACUACAGAUAAAACUUGGAGUUCCUCGACCUCUUCAAGCCACCUUAGAUGUUGAGAAAGUGAAGUCGGUUUUCCCCUAUGGGAAAAUCGAGCAUGUUGAAGUAGUGGAUGGUGGAUUAAUAUGUUCAAGUGGUGUGCAUGUAGAAGAAAUGGGCGACAAGGAUGAUAACUGUUACAUAGUUAAUGCAGCCGUAUAUGUUGGUUACUGAGUCUGUUGCAGGCAAGUAUUAUCUCCUGUGACAAAUACCUAUGUUUUUACUGGAUAAUGUUUAAUCAACAUCUAUGCAUUCUACAAUAUGAUUAAUUUAGCCUUAGGAACCUUCAUUUUCAUUAGAUUAUCAAGAUAUAUUUGGCUAGAAGCCCAUCAAUAAGAUGGGCCAUGUAAGAAUGAAUAGGUGGAGUGACUUUUUUUUUCUUUUGUUUGAUGAAUUCAGUUUUGUUGCUAAAUUACAUCCUGGAUAUGUUUUGCCUUCUUCA